GACGUUUAUUUAUUUACAUUUUAUAACGUUAAUUUGAUUCCUAAUUUUCAAUUAAUGGAUGAUACAUCCGAUUUAAAACGACUAGCGAGUUUUCUAGAAAAAUGCAGAGGUGAAGAUUCCGACGAAGAUUUCACCCUCCCAGAUUUCAUCCAAUUAAGCGACACCGACGAAGACGAGGAGGAUGACGAUGAUGUAUCAUCGAUCGGUAUACCUUCCUUCGAACAAACCGAACCCACCUGUAACCUACAAAUCGAAGAACUCAGGAUAGUCCAAUCCUGCGACGAUCCCGAUUUGAAGCAACUGCUCCUGCUCAACCGGCAGAAGCACAUCCAGCUGCUCCGCUUGUUCAAAAUGUUCAAAGACGCCUACUUGGAGUGCAAGCUGAAUCUAACGGAGAUGGGCGACGCCAACGAAUCGCCGAAGCGCCACAAACAAUCCACCGGCUCGUGGAGGGUCAUAGCCCCCUAUUUCAAAGACAAGGACUUCUUCCGCUCGCCCCCCAACGAGGACGCCCUCGCGAAGAAGGCCAACAAGGAAUUGUCCACCUACGAUCUCAUGCCGAUGAAGUUCUGGAGCAAAUACGAAAAGGACAAGCUGAUCAGCGCCGUCAAAUGCUACUACACCAAUAAUGUGAUCGUGGAGCUGAAGAAGAGAGUCCGGACCUUCAACGUCGAGGGCAUGACCAACGAGCAGCUGGUACAAUUGGACAAUAUCAAAAUGGAGCUGGACGAACUGGAGGAUCCGAACAACGAGAGAGUGCCCCCGUUGGGAUCCGACUUGGACAUCAAUUGGAUUAGAGUAUCCGAUUAUUUCCUCAACGAAAACCAUUCGGAGUUCGAAUGCCGAUCGUUCUGGCACAUCUAUCUGCAUCCUUUGAUCAACAAAGGCGAUUGGUCCAAGGAGGAGCAGGACCGUCUGGCGAAAGCGGCCGAAAAAUACCAGUUGCGAAAUUGGGACGCCAUAGCGGACGAAUUGCGAACGAAUCGGACGGGCUACAUUGUCGCCAAACGGUAUUUUUCCACCGUAGAAGUCGGCAAAAAGGGGGAAUUUUCGCCUAAAGAAGACAAAAAGAUACUCGAAUUAGUCGAAAAAUACAGGACGGGUUCGAAGAUACCGUGGUGUCGAAUAGCGAGACACUUCAAACACCGAAGCAGGAACCAAUUGCACCACCGGUACACCUACUACUUGAACCGCGCGGACAAAUUAAAAGGGAAAUUCUGCCUGAUCGAGGACACCAUGAUUCUAUUGGCGGUCGACAAGUUCGGAACGGAUUUCAAACAAUGCGCUCGAUACCUGCCCGAACGGUCGGCGACGCAAAUUAAGGACAGGUACACCUCGUACCUGCGCGGCAAUCUCGUGAAGAUGAUUUGGACCGAGGACGAGGACAGGAUAAUCGUGCAACACGCCAAGGCGAACGAGAACAACACCAACUUUUGGGGCCAGCUCACCGGCACGUUGAGCAGGACCCGCGCUCAAAUCAGACAGCGCUACGGCGUCAUCAAGGCCUUUCUGGCGGCCAAUCCGACGGCCGGCAUCGAAGACGUACCGAGGAGGAAACACUAUCACAAAGUGGACAAUUCCUACCAGUUUGCCAGAUACACCGCCGAUUAUUUCCGCAAGGUGCGACCGACCGUCCUGCCGACGAUGGAAGAAAUCAGAGAAGUACUGGAUUUGUGCAACGUGUACCAGUACUCGGACACGUUGAACAUCGACGACGGCAACAUCGACGAUUGCAUCACGGACUUCUUCUACGAGCGCUACCAAGACAGGUUCAUCGACGCCGCCGCCGCCGCGACGUCGGAGACCGCGCGAAUCGACGAUUUGAAAACGGUCGCGGACCAGUUCGAGGCGCUGCUGAUCGUCCUGGGCGUCGAAUUGAACAUACCCGACGAUUACGCGUCGAUGGAGAGCCUCGAUCGCUUGGACAAGACGGUGUUGGGCGAGCUGAUACGAAGGGGCCACCUUCGGAGGACCGGCAGGACCGUCAAGCGAUUGGUACCGCCCAAUUUCCACACGGCCACCGCCAUGCGGCUGCUGUUGGUGAACUACUUGCAUUACAAGGACGCCGCGAUGGCCGGCAGGAAGGCGCUGGCGUUCAAAACCGAGACGAUAUUCGGCAAUCCCGAGAUCUACGCGACGACCGACGCGAACGGCGCGUUUAAGGAGAGAACCGUGCGCGAGGACGGUUCGAUCGAGAGCCGCGUCAGCGCCGAUCGGACGUUGUUCUACGAUAGAUUCGUGGCGUUGUUCAAAUGGCCGGCCAUUCUAACGUUGCAGGCGCCGCUGUGCGAGUUCAGCCAGAUGGUGAUGAGCCUCGACGUGCCGGCGUUCAGGGGCCCCGUGAAGAGGACCUACGGCGGUAAAACCGAUCGGAGUAAUGCGAAUAAGGUGCGCGUGCUGGACGAGCAAGGCGUGAAAUCGCUGCGAUUGACGCCCGUUACGAAACGGAGCGUUAUAGCGGAUUUGUUGAAGCGCGGCGAUAAGAAAUUGUACCAGAUGAACCGGGUGGCGGACGAUGGCGGCACCAGGACGUGCAUCGAGGAGAUCGAUUUGCGCGGGGAUUCGGGCGAGCGGUUCGCGAGCGGGAUUAAGGAGAGGUUCGUUUGUAAGGUUAAAACGUACUCGAGGCGCGCGAGAGGCGUCGCGGUCGGGGAGUUGGAGGGCGCUUCGAACGGUGAAGGAGGAGUGAAGGUGAAGGAGGAAUGUUGCGAGGGGCCUAGCACGUCGAAGGGUUGCGGGUGGUGUAGGAACGGCGAGAAUUGCAGCACUUGCAGGAGCUAGUGGAUGUUUGUUGAUUAUACGAAUUGGUUGUUUUUUUUUUCAUAUUGAAACGUUGAUUUUGAGUUAUCGAUUAUUCGAUUUUUAUGUAAUAAAUAUGUCGAGGAA